AUGAUACGUACGCGUGUCCGCCUCCCCAAGGCGUCAAGCGUCAGCAACAAGCAUCUCCGCCGCACUGUCCGAUCAACGGCUUUCCUUUGUCAGACACCGCCGACCGUCGCAGCCUUCGCGUCGUCCUACAGCAGCCGGAUUAGUCGUCCUCCGUACGUCGUUCCUUCACACCCGUAUUCUUCUACACGGUGGCACCCCUACCACUCCUGGGGACUAUGCCAGGCUCGUCUCUCAGCUGCGACGGAUCGCGCCUGCCUCGUGCAGAGUCGAAGUUGUGCUUACCCGCUGCACAAUCGGCGCCGUACCGUUCUGCCAGUUAUUUCAAAAGACGAGCACGGCAGACAGCGUCUCAAGAAAUUUGCAGACGUGCUGCCGUUCAAUCUUCUCGCGGAACAUGUAUCCAUUUUCAGAUGCACCUACCCGCUUGACGUUCGGUUUUAUGCAUUUCUCCCGACCUACUUAUCGCACUCGCACAGACUGUACAACCGCUCCAGCCUGGUACCCGCGUGCGUGUCUAAGCCAGCGCCCUCAACGCCUCCCUUGUUCAGUGACCCCUAA